CCAGUCAUCAUCUGCGAUUUGUGCCGUGUUCUAGCAAAAAAUUUCCAGAAUAAUUUUCAGUGCAAACAUUGAAAAUUAUUGGAAAUCAUAGUAGUUGGUGGAAUUUCAAAACACGAAAGUAAAUUUUACAACUAACCAACAAUGCAGUCGACGUUAUCGAGAGCUGCGGCUGUUGCCAAGUCUCAGCUACGCACCAAUGCUGCGAUUUUAGGCUCUUUAAAUGCCCGCUUCUAUUCUGCAACACACGAAGCUGAUAUUGUGGUGAUUGGCUCUGGCCCUGGUGGCUAUGUAGCCGCCAUCAAAGCGGCCCAGAUGGGCAUGAAGACCGUCAGCGUGGAGAAGGAGGCAACGCUCGGCGGCACCUGUUUGAAUGUCGGUUGCAUUCCAUCGAAGGCACUGCUCAACAAUUCGCAUUAUUAUCAUAUGGCACACUCCGGUGACUUGGCAAAGCGUGGCAUCAACUGCGGCGAGGUGACGCUCGAUCUGGAGAAGCUGAUGGCCCAAAAGACGAAUGCCGUCAAGGGCUUGACGGGCGGCAUCGCGAUGCUGUUCAAGAAGAACAAGGUCACCCAGCUGACGGGCUUUGGCAGCAUUGUCAAUCCCAACGAAGUGUUGGUGAAAAAGAACGACGGCACCACCGAAACGGUGAAGACCAAGAACAUAUUGAUUGCCACCGGCUCCGAAGUGACUCCCUUCCCAGGCAUCACGAUCGAUGAGGAAGUGAUUGUAAGCAGCACUGGAGCCUUGAAACUGGCUCAGGUGCCCAAGCAUUUGGUUGUGAUCGGUGCUGGUGUUAUUGGCCUCGAACUGGGCUCAGUGUGGUCUCGUUUGGGCGCUGAAGUCACUGCCAUUGAGUUCAUGGACACUAUUGGCGGUGUGGGCAUCGAUAAUGAGGUGUCUAAGACCUUCCAGAAGGUCCUCACCAAACAAGGACUCAAGUUCAAGCUGGGCACUAAAGUGAUGGGCGCCUCACGCAGCGGCAACAAUGUCACCGUCAACGUAGAGGAUGCCAAGUCUGGUGCCAAGGAGGAGAUCCAGUGCGAUGCUCUGUUGGUGAGCGUGGGACGUCGCCCCUACACCGAGGGUCUUGGCCUCGAGGGUGUUGGCAUUGUGAAGGACGAUCGUGGUCGCAUUCCCGUCAAUGCCACGUUCCAGACGGUCGUGCCAAACAUUUAUGCCAUCGGCGAUUGCAUUCAUGGCCCAAUGUUGGCCCACAAGGCUGAGGAUGAGGGCUUGAUUACCAUCGAGGGCAUCAAUGGCGGUCAUGUGCAUAUCGAUUACAACUGCGUGCCCAGCGUGGUCUACACACAUCCCGAGGUUGCGUGGGUUGGCAAAUCCGAGGAGACGCUGAAGCAGGAGGGUGUCGCCUACAAGGUCGGCAAAUUCCCCUUCAUGGCCAAUUCGCGUGCAAAGACAAACAACGAGACCGAUGGUUUCGUUAAAGUUUUGGCUGAUCAGGCCACGGAUCGCGUGCUGGGAACGCACAUCAUUGGCCCCUCGGCCGGUGAGCUGAUCAAUGAGGCUGUUCUGGCCAUGGAGUAUGGCGCAUCGUCUGAGGAUAUUGCCCGUGUCUGUCAUGCUCAUCCAACCUGCUCUGAGGCUCUGCGUGAGGCGAAUGUGGCUGCUGCUUUUGGCAAACCCAUUAAUUUCUAGAUCGUUUUCUUGCUGCUGCCCUGCAACAAACAAAAAAUCAACACAUUUCGAUAUACCUAAAAGUGUCUGCGAGUUGAAAAUUCUCAUUGUGCAAAUAUUUCUAAAAUUCGCCGAUAAAUAUAUAGAACUGCAAUGUAUUGCAAAAAUAUAUAAUUGAAAAACGUUGUCCUAAGUAUAGCAAUAAAAUCGCGUUUAAAUUUA